UAUGAUAUUUUCCAAACAUGAACCACUGGGCCAAAGUUAUAACUACUCAAGAAUAACAGAAUAUAGGCAGGGCAGUAUCGUGGUCCUGUGUACUCUUCACAUGGUCAAGCAGUACCCGUCUGACCAGCUCCAGCAGUAUGUGGACAGUGUCCUGGAGGACAUCCCGCUGGACCAAGACGGCAGCAAGAAACUGGGACGCUUUACAUUGGACAGCAGUAGUAUUAAGCUGAAAGUGAGGGUAAUGGACAAGAAUGGCUAUGAUAACCUAAGUACAACAGUGUCAAGUAUAUGGUCAACAUCAAGUACAGCUCGGUCCACGACCACUGCCACACCUACAACUACUGCUACAACAACUACCACACCCAGCACUACUACGACUGUCACGACCACGCCCACUACAUUGCCCCCUAUGUUUGAUAUACGUCUGGUUAACGGCAGUGGACCACAUGAAGGAAGAGUGGAGGUGUUCAUCAGUAACCAGUGGGGAACUGUUUGCGAUGAUCUUUGGGACGAUAACGAUGCUGCUGUGGUCUGUAGACAACUGGGAUACAGUGGGGUCGCAGUGGCACGCAGACAGGCGCACUUUGGUUCAGGCACAGGGCCAGUCUUCCGUGACGAUGUCGGUUGCCAUGGAGAGGAGGCAUAUCUGGCUCUGUGCACGCAUGAUGAGAUGGGACGUGAAGCAUGCAGCCACAGGGAGGACGCAGGCGUCACAUGCGAUGUUGUUACCACAACGUAUUCGUCCACAAGUAGGUCUACGCUGCAUUUCUCUUCAUAUAAGACCAUGNAGUAA